GUGUCAGUGUAUAGUUUGAUUUCGCGCUGUGUGAACAAUAUCCCUGGUGGGUAUGCGCCAUGUUUUUAAGAACUCGGCAUCAACGUCAACAUGCGCCGCCGAACGAAGAUUAUUUUUUAUGGUAUUGCGUAUUGUGCCCUUCUGUGCAUCUCCCUGAAAGUGGAGGUGUCCUACUUGCGCAGAGCGUUCUCACGAAUGGAACUGCAUUACGGCGGUAUACUCCUAGACCUUCCCGGCUGCAAGUUCCCCAAGUACAGCGCGUUUCACUGGACGAUGCGUUUGGUCUCCCUCGUUGAGCGGUCCCCAUCGCAAAGGUCGUGCUCGAAACCAUCGGUCGUGUACCUUUCUGGCAGCACCCUAAUGCUGGACAGACGCCUGCUUCACGAACGGUACGGACUCGUAGCCGAGCAGCUCAUUUGUGCCUCUCGUGAAAUCUUGAGACAGACGAGAACCACGACUCCGGACAACCUCUACUUCAAAGCACCGCAGCAGCCGGUCAGAUUCGGAGAAGCGCUGAGUGGAGAGUACAUCGAAGUUUCGUGCGAAACUAAUUCCACCGCCCUCUUCAAGGAGUAUUUUAUGAUUCCCCGUAAGAAGAAUGGCGACCGGGCUCCAUAUCCAGAUCAACUAAGCGUCCUAGUUUUAGGGCUAGAUUCUACUUCCAGGCUAAAUUUUAACCGUCGCUUGAAGAAGACGCGGCGCUUCUUGAUGACCGAAUUGAACGCAUUUGAAUUUCUCGGCUACAACAAAGUUGGAGAAAACUCGUUUCCGAACCAAAUGCCACUGCUAACAGGUCUGUCUGGUCCUAAUGUUCUCAGCAUCUACCAAGACGCCUAUUUUGAUUCGCUGCCACAUCUGUGGAGCGCAUAUAAGAUGAGAGGCUACACAACUCUUUUUCUGGAGGAAAUGGCUCACGCUGGCCUGUUCACGUUUCCGGAUCUUAAGGGCUUCGUGAAUCCGCCUGCCGACUACUACUCUAGGCCCAUCGCCCUAGCGAUAGAUGCGGAGCACAAGCUCAUGCCAGCAUUGUGCGCCGGCUCAAGGCUCAAGACUGGAAUUUACCUCGACUACGUUCGAGACGUGCUCAGCAGGGAGAACAAGGCAUUCGCGUACGUAUGGAUAAGCGACGUCCCGCAUGAGAAUCACACUCAUCUCACCAUUCUAGAUGAUCCGCUUGAGGGCUUUCUUAGGGAUUUAACGUCGCUAGGUGUCUUGGAGAGGACAGCGCUGCUCUUUCUCAGCGACCACGGCGUCCGCUACGGCUCUAUCCGACUGACUGAAGCUGGCCGCCACGAGGACUUAACACCGUUCGCUUUCCUGGCGCUUCCAGCUUGGUUCUUGCGCAACCACCCAGAAGCUGCCGUGCAGCUGGAGGUGAACCAGCGCCGGCUCAUCACGGCGUACGACUUCCACGCCACGCUGCUCUCGCUGGCCGAUCUUCCGUCGCUGCGCGCCAAGCCCACACUGAAGGGCCUCAGCCUGGUGGGCCCUGUGCCUCCACAGAGGAGCUGCAACGACGCGUUCGUUCCGGACCACUUCUGUGCUUGCCUCGGGUCCCGAGGACGUGUGGAGAAUGCCUCGCAGGCUGAGGCGCUCGGGCGUUUCGGCGUGGCGUACAUCAACGCUCAAGCCGGGGUGCACUUCCCGCGUCUCUGCCGCAUCUGGUCCCUCGCAUCUGUAGACGAAGCGGAGGUUCUCGGCGGCGAUAUUGCCGGCAAGGUGCUGUUCCGAUUGAGGCUAACCACGACCCCGACGGCGCACUUCGAAGUUUACGGAAUGAUAAAGAACUCUACGUACGACAACCGCCGGGUUGUUUUCGUCCAGAGGUUGGACAAGUACAGCAACGAGACGAAGUGCUUGCCCUUGAGUCGAAUGCAGCAUCUGUGCAUGUGCAAGUAG